ACCAGAAAAGGCGGCCUCUGUACACCCACACUCCGCUCCCCUCCUGCUGCUACUCCAGUCCAGUCCAGUCCAGCGCACUCCUCACUCAACAACUCUCCCUCGAUACUCUCCCCCCGCACCAAGAAACCACGGAAUCCUCCUCCUCGAUCCCUCCCAAUCCCCAAUCCCAGCAUCCCCGAGAUCCGCCUCCCAGCGCGAUCCCAACCUCAUGGCGUCGCCGCCGGGGAAGAAGGGGGAAGGCGGCGGCGAUGGCGGCGGCGGGAAGGCGGAGUGGCUGAUCUACGCGUUCGUGGCGCGCGGCACGGCGGUGCUGGCGGAGUACACCGAGUUCACCGGCAACUUCCCGGCGCUCGCGGCGCAGUGCCUGCAGCGGCUCCCCGCCUCGGGCGGCGGCGGCUCCGGCGGUGGCGCGCCGGCGCGGUUCAGCUACGCGUGCGACGGGCACACCUUCAACUUCCUCCUCCACCGCGGCUACGCCUAUUGUGUAGUUGCAAAGGAAUCUGUCCCAAAGAAUGUCUCGGUGGCUUUUCUAGAAAGGUUGAAAGAUGACUUCAUGAAGAGAUAUGGAGGUGGUAAAGCUGAUACAGCUCUUGCAAAAAGUCUGAAUAAAGAAUACGGACCAGUUAUAAAGCAGCACAUGCAGUAUGUUCUUGAUCAUUCAGAAGAAAUAGAGAAGACAUUGAAAGUGCAAGCCCAAGUUUCUGAAGUUAAAAAUAUCAUGUUAGAAAACAUAGAGAAGACUUUGGGUCGUGGAGAAAAACUGAGUGAACUUCAAGAUAAGACUUCCGAUCUACAAAGUCAGGCCCAGGAAUUCAAAAAGAAGGGAGUGAAAAUUCGUAGGAAGACAUGGUUGCAGAACAUGAAAAUCAAAUUGGUGGUUCUUGGAAUUCUUUUGCUUCUUGUAAUAAUCGUAUGGGUGUCUGUUUGUCAAGGGUUUGACUGCACCAAGCACUGAAAGUAACUACUAUCCUACUGUCGGUAUAGCUCUGCUAUAUAAUAGUUUGGAGACGUGAGAUUGUGUCGGUGAAAUCAAGUGCAUUAUUGACUCUUUGGCUUGAUUUCUGCUGCACAUUUAUCGCGAUACAAAUGUAAAGUUGAGUUGGUGUCAAGUGUUAUUCAAACCGUGUGACCAACAUUACAUAAAGUAGUAAUAGUACGGUUGCUUGUCGAUUGAUCCUAAUCAUACCUACUUUUUUUUUGUUCCCCAAAUCAAGAGAUGAAUAUUAUGUU